AUGUUAUUUUUGAGUUUUUCUGAUUUAUUUUAGUAAUUUUAAUUUAAAUAUUAUUAUUAUUCAAAAGAGUACCAGCUCAAAAUUUAUAAGAUGAUANAAACAACCCUAUUUAGAAAAUUAAGGAGCUGUAAAAUUAAUUGAUGUAUUUCUCUAUUUUUUAUAUUAGGAUGUAAUUAAAGUCUAAUAAAAAUCAGUGGCCAUAUUUUGUGAUGGCACUUAUAAUAAAUCUCACUUAUUACUUAUUUGUUUUUUAAUUUAUGAUCGAUUUAAACUAUUGACAGAUAUAAAGAAAAUAGAUUGUCUUUAGAAUUAAUUAUGCGAAAUUAAUUUUGAGAAUAGGGAGAUCGCACUAAAAGAAAAUAACAUGCAAGUGAAAAAAGAGUUUUAUGGAUAUUCUUCAAAUUUGAAUUACAGUUUUUAAACUACAUUAUUACAAAUUUAAGAAGCAGAAAAAUUUUAGCAAACAUAAAUCUCUAGUGUCAAAACCUUCACUAAUGAAAAAAAAUAUUUAUAAUAUUUUUUUAAAAUAGAUAAUCUAAACUCAAAAGUCCCUUUUAAUUAAUAAUAAAUAUCAAUAAUAGGUAAUUCAUUUGUAACUUCAUAGAUUUAAAAUCAAAAUAUUAUGAAAACUUAUAAGAUAUAAAGGCUGCAUAAUAAAAUGAUGUGUGCAGUUUUAUAGUGUUAAAAAGGCCAUGA